AUGGUUAAUUUAAUGAUUCACAAGUUCAGUAUUGUACUAUUGUUGGCUUUUUCCAGCAUUGUUACUGCUCUUGACCAACCAACAGUUUUGACUUACAAACAAGGUGUUUUUUGCAGUCCAGUUGAAAGAACAGGAGACAUUGAAAAAGCUUAUGUCGAACUACGUGCCAAUAAGGAUGUGAUUGAUAAAAAAAUCCCAGGCUUGAUUUUCCAUUAUCCCGAAAUUGUCAAUUUUUCAUCAGUGCCAAUUUUGGAAAUAUUUACUCAAUUGUAUCCAGAAAAUAAAGACCAUUUGUAUAAGCAAAUGUUGGAUGGCGAAGGAAAGUUCAAGUUGGGUGCUGCUGAGGGUUAUUCAGUUGAUGACCUGAAGUAUUGGAGUGGUAUUAUCGAUAAAGAUGUCAAAUUUGCCAUCCCCACCUCGGGAAUUUAUUGUGUUUACAUUGCUCCAAACCAGGAGAAAGAGUUUGAUUUCAAAUUACCUGUAGUGUUUAGAAACUACUAUGGAAACUUGAACUACUCAGAGUACUUGAUUUAUUCACAAUUGAAGUAUGUCAUUGCACUUGCCAUCAUCUUGUUUGCUGCGUUGUUUAACUACAUUUUGAGAUUCAAAGUUGGCAAAGAUUUUCAAAAUAUGGACUCAAUAUCGGUUAUCUCCAAGACAAUAAUCCUUUUGAUACUAGCUCCAUUUAUUGCUGUCUACAUUUUCGAUUGGUUUGUUUUACUCCUAAGAAACAAUUUUGAAGGAUCGCAUCAAAAGUCGUUUGUGUUGUCAGUGUUGCGAUUCUUUUCUCAAUUUGGUGACGCUUUGUAUGGUGCAUUCACAUCUUAUGCCGUGUUGUUAUUUUCAAUGGGAUUUGGUGUCAUUUACUACUACAAUGGAAACUCACAACAUUAUAGACUUUUUCCUCAAGAGUCAAUGAAGAAAAUUACUGCAUUUUUUUUUCUCAAUAUCAUUGUCUUGUUGUUGUAUUCCUUGAGUUUACAAGGAACGUCGCAGAACUAUUUAGUUGGAGUGCAACAAAAUGCGUUUGAUGGCAAAUUUACCGCCCUUUUCGGUGCUUUAGCUUCAUUGUUUGCAUUAAGUUAUUAUAUUUUGUCAGUGAUUUUCUACUUCAAGACCAAAAAGACGAUUGCAACAUUCCCUCCUGCAUCAGAUGCGGAGUCAACUGAUAAAAUUGUUUCUGCAUUCAACAAGUCGUUCUUUGUCAUUUUGGUAUUGCCAUUUAUCACAACACUUUUGGCAGGCAUAGUUGCUGGAAUAUUUAUGGUAAAUUCAGCUGGAAAUGUGCCGGAUUUCCCACAACAUACUGAUCGUGAUACUAUUUAUCAAUCUGCGUUGACGAUUUUAGUGUUUGAAAAUUCAUUCAAGGGAGUAUUGUUGCCAAUUGUUUGGUCCAAUUGGAUAUACUUUUUCGCUUUAAUCAUUUCCAUCUUUUUUAUUUGGAUUAAAGAUAAUAAUGGAUUGAUUGUUGAUCACAAUGCCAAUGAUCCAAUUGAGUAUGCUGAUGUUCCAAAUUUCGAUAUUUCUGAUGGAGAAGAUGAAGAAGAUAUUCGUGUGUAA